AUGGGAAUGAGAAUGGAUGAUCGGCAUGGGACCCGUGUAAACAACCAAGAUAUUAUAAAGAGCAUUGGAAUACUGUUAAAAGAUCAGGAAGAGGCCAUCUAUGCUAAGCUUCACGUUGAGCUUCAGACACAAAGCGAAGAAAUAAAGCGUUCAUUCAGAACAGAACUUCGUCCUCUUCAAAAUGGGUUUGACCGCUUUCGCUUAGAUGAAUUAUCGAAAUAUGCAUACGAUCCGGAUGCUCGAGUUACUAAAAAUGAGCUUACUCAUGCUGCCGAUGUGAAGAAUGACCUUUUGAUCCUUUGGAAAGAUAAUAUGUAUCGGCAAGCAACUUUUUCUCGGGCAUUUAUGAAUCGAUACCAAAUACCAGUGACCCAAUUUGCAUAUGGUGACUUACAUAUCCCAACACAGGCUCUCGGGGCUGUGAAUAUACGAAGCAACUUGCAGUGGCUUGAUACAUGGCAGACAUGCUCAAUAUCGUUUAUCAAUCUACCCUUUGAGAGACAACGCCAAUUCCUAGAAUUCAAAGAUGGCCUACGCCGAAUAUGUGACAGGGUCAUUGGCGCCUGGAUCACCUCAACAGAAGAGGAAAUUCCGUUUCCCGACCCUGAAACACAAGAAACGUACGAAGACCUAGUCACAAGCUAUAACCAAUACCAGCUAGAUUAA